GUAACUUCAGAGGAGAUUUUUGACAUUUGACAGACUUAUGUCAAACAUUCUUGCAAUUCAUACUGAAUUUCAAAAAUAUUUGUUUAUUAUAAAUUUAAUUGUCACUCAAUAGAAAGAAAAUGAGUUUCGCACUUCCACCAGUCAAAGCAAAACCGGAAAGUGGUUCCCAAAUUGAAAAAGAUGUAGGAACAUUCGGAGUACCUGAUUUAAUGAAGGAAGGGUUUGCCGGCACAAAAACUGUCUUCGACCAGCAACAUCCAAUUGCCCAUGCUGUCUUAAAUGGACCUGCUAACAAACAUGAAAUGAACAUGGCUGUCCUUCGCAAUACACAAGGCUUACAUGCUCCAAUGAGAAUUGCUAUGGAAAUGAAUUCUGCUAAGAAAAUUGGCCGGCUACCAUUUUUGCCCUCUUCAAAUAUAAUGAUGGAUGUUUUAACUGGUAAAGAUAUUGAAAUGGGACCUCAGGACAUAUUUAAUUUAUCAGAUAAUUAUGAAUACUUUGGACAGCCUCACGCUGUUGUUGAAAAGUCUUUGGGAAUAUUGGAUUAGGAUAUAAGAUACUUUUGUAAGAGUAUUAAAUAAAAUAUGAAUUUUGUAAAAUA